AUGGGGUUUUUUAUCUUUUCAACACUUCUUCAGCUAAUAUAUUUUACUUCUGCAGAACAAGUCAGUGUUGUGCUAGAUCCCAAUUUCUCUCUUUCAUGACAAAUCGCAGGAGACUCUAUUACGUUUGGAUUUAAUUGUUCAUUUGAUGGAUGAUGCGGAAUCGGAUUUUAUGGAUCGAUGAAACAGACAGAUAUGAUUAUCCUUACUCUCCUCUUUAAAUUAAAGCAAAAUUAAUUAAAAAUUUCCAUUUUUAGGUAAUUAAUCCUUAAAAUUAAAAAAAAUUAUAAUCUCUAGGCAAAAUUUGUACCUAAUUUAUAGAGAGAGUUAUUAGACAAAAUGGAAACUUUGAUGCCUGGGACAUGUAUAGCACUUCUCAUGGCACUCCACCACAGGACAGUGCAAAAGGAAAAGGCUGCCGAGAUGACGUGAACCUGACAAGUUCCUCAUUCAAUAAUGGCAGAAUGCUUGGCUCUAUUUCAAGGCUUUUGAACACAGGUGACACCCUCUGCGAUUGGGUCAUCAAGCCUGGCGAAGCCAUAAACUUCUGUUUUGCUUAUAAACAAAAAAGCAAUAUUCAGAAAUUCCAAGAACACAGCACAUACGGAGAAGGAGUUUUGCUAAUAGGCUUAAACCAAACUUCUUCCUAUUUCUUGCCUUCAAGCUCAUUUGGAAGUGAAUAUGAAGAUCAUGGAAAUGAGAUGACCGUUAUGUGGCUUUGUUUAGCCCCAUUGUGCAUCAUGCUAAUCAGGUAUCUUAAGUGAACUUAUCUAGCUUUCUACGGCCACAUGCUACUGGGAUAUGUAGUCCUAGGCUUUACUUGUGGGAGUGUAUAUGAAAUUUAUAAAAAGGAUGAGCUUGCUUAUAAUGAUUUGAGUGAUAAUAAAAGGUAUCACUCAAGAAUUGGCUUCAUUCUUUGUGCUUUUGUCAUAGCACAAGCUAUCACUGGAGCUAUGACCAAGAUGUGGAUGCUUUUUAAAGAAGAUUUGAGCAUUCUCAGGGUAUGCAGAAGGGUUCAUAUGGCACUUGGAUGGUGCGCUCUUAUCCCUGGGCUGAUAAACUUGAAAUAUGGGUGGGAUAUUAAAGGUGACGAUACUGCUAAAAACGCAGUCUUUGCGUGCUACGCAAUUCUUGUAGUGCUGCUUGCCUUAUUGGAGAUUAGACAUCGAUUUUCUCAUAAGAUCAGAAUUCUACAGUGGAAUUUUAAACUAAAGCGGCUAAACAAAGCCAAGCCUGCGUUAGAAAAGUCAUUGAUGGAUCAGAUGGGAUCUACUCACACAGAAAUCCUAAAUGACAUUGUUUCCAAAAAUCUGUCAUGUGUCUUUUAUGAUGAAUAUUUACUAAAUGUUUCUGGAUUUAUUCAAAAUCAUCCUGGUGGAGCAUAUAUGAUCCGUAAAGUUAUAGGGGAAGAUGUAGGGAAGUAUAUUAACGGGUGCUCAAGUAUCAGUGGGUUCAUUGCUUCUUAUGACCAUUCUCGGCCUGCAAAAAAUCUGAUAAACAGCCUAAUCAUUGAUAGAGUCGCCUAUACAGCAGGUGUUCUCACAAAGAAGAGCUCAGAUCAAAGCUUAGACUAUGGGAAUAUGACCUGGGAGCUUGUAAGAAAAUAUAAUAUUGCAGAAGGGACUUUUUACAUUGAGCUGACAUCUAAAGACUGGGCUGUUGAGAACCCUCCUAAAGGUUUCGAGUGGCUUGGGAAGCAUUUUGGGGUUAGGGAAAGGAUCGGAAAAUCUGAAGUGAUACGAUAUUAUAGCCGUGACCCCUCACUGAGACUAAUUCUUUCAGACUAAUAUUUUUUCGCCUAUUUUUUUUUUGCCUAUUUUUUUUUUAGCCUAUUUUUUUUUAGCCUAAUUUUUUUUGGCCUAAUAUUUUUGUGCCUAAUAUUUUUUUGCCUAAUUUUUUUUGCCUAAUUUUUUUUGGCCUAUUUUUUUUGGCCUAAUUUUUUUUGGCCUAAUUUUUUUUGGCCUAAUUUUUUUUGGCCUAAUUUUUUUGGCCUAAUUUUUUUUGGCCUAAUUUUUUUUGGCCUAAUUUUUUUUGGCCUAAUUUUUUUUUGGCCUAAUUUUUUUGGCCUAAUUUUUUUGCCUAAAUUUUUUUGGCCUAAUUUUUUUUGGCCUAAUUUUUUGGGAUAAAAUUUCUCUAUCCAACUCCUCAAUGCUCUAUAAUAUAAUACUUUCAAGUUAUUUAUGCGGAUGUGAGAUAGAUUCUAACUUUAAUACUCCUUCUUAUAUUAAACUUAAUAUUUUGAUGAGUAAAUAUAAGCAUAUCUCUGAGCUCAUUUUCCUGUUUUCCUCAUAUUUUAAGCUUACUCCCCCCCCCCCCAUCCUUGAUCGAACGAUUGACUGUAAAAAUUCCUAAAAUUUAGGGAAAUUAACCCCCAUCCUUGAUCGAACGAUUUUCAUAUCAUGCAAAUUUUUAUAUAUAUAAAAAAAUAUAUUAGCUAUCAAAAACUUGGGAAGAUGUAUCUAAUGAAGUUGCUUUGAGAGUUUUGAGACAACAGAAAGCUGCGAAAUCAACCAUUCGAAGUGAUUUAACCAUCGGCCUCGGCUUAAAAGCUCAAUAAUCUAUAAAAUAGAGAUUCUUUACUCCCCCUUUAAAUUGGAAACUCAAAAUUUUGUUCUAAUUUUUUUUUUUAAAAAAAAUAUCAAUAUAAAAUUUUUUAUAAAAUAUAUAAAAAUUUAAAAAAAAAUUUCAAAAACUUAUCGAAUUAGAUUAAUAAAUUUGUUUAAUAAAAUGCUAUUUUUACUCUUUAUCCUUUAAAACAAAGCAAAGAUAUAACUAAAUUUUCAUUAUUAGUUAAUGCGCCACUCAAAAAAAUUAGGCCCAAAAUAUUAGGCCAAAAAAAAUUAGGCCAAAAAAAUUAGGGCCAAAAAAAAUUAGGCCAAAAAAAAUAGGCCAAAAAAAAUUAGGCCAAAAAAAAUUAGGCCAAAAAAAAUUAGGCCAAAAAAAUUAGUCCAAAAAAAUUAGGCCAAAAAAAUUAGGCCAAAAAAAAUUAGGCCAAAAAAAUUAGGCCAAAAAAAAUUAGGCCAAAACAAUUAGGCCAAAAAAAAUUAGGCAAAAAAAAUUAGGCUAAAAAAAAAUUAGGCCCAAAAAAAUUAGGCUAAAAAAAAUUAGGCCAAAAAAAAAUUAGGCCAAAAAAAAUUAGGCCAAAAAAAAAAUAGGCCAAAAAAAAAUUAGUCCAAAAGAAUUUGACCCAGAGAGGAGGAACCAUUAUAGCUUGAUGAUGACUGAUUUGCAUCAUUGGGCACGUGAAGCUAGAAAAGAAGGGUUCCAAAUCACAAAAAAGAUCUAUAAGAAAUCCAAAAGUCCGGACACUUUGAAACUUCAUAUCAAGAGAUAUGAUAAUGGCCUAAUGUCAAGGCAUCUGUGUGACCUUGAGCCAGGAAGUGAAUACAAACUCAAAGGUCCAUUAGGACCUGGCCUUGGCUUCUCAUCUGCGCCAGCAGGAAUAUGCACAGGAUUCGCAGCUGGAACAGGAAUUUUGCCAUUUUUGGAUCUGGUCUACAUGAUCUGGAACGGCUCUGUAUCCUCAGAUUUUUGCUUAUACCUUUACGUGACCUUUAGGUCUAAAAAAGAUUCCUUUGCAUUAGAUUUGCUUGAAGCGACCCAGAAGAAAUCAGGAAAGGCUCUGAAUUUGCAUAUAAACUUAGACGAAGAAAGGGUCGGAGGAAAGCUGACCGAAGAAAAACUGAAGGAGUGGGUCAAGAUACCCAAUAUCUCCAGAGCAUGGGUUUGUGGGCCAUCAGGAUUCAACCGAUGGAUUGAGUCCAUGCUUACAAGCCAAGGACUCCAGAGAAAUAAAUUGAUGAUUCUUUAA